AUGGCGGCGCCCGUCAGUGGGGGGUUUCCCGCCUUGGAGCCCGGCGCUGCUCCCUACGGCAACUUCCCCAAUUAUUCCCGCUUCCACCCCCCCGAGGGCCGCGUCCGCCUCCUGCCCGCCGGGCUCUUGCGGAGCCUGUUCCCCGCGGCGGCCCGCCCGCUGCUGGGGCUCGAUGUGGGCUGCAACUCGGGGGAGCUCAGUGUGGCUCUGUACAGGCAUCUGCUUGGCCUCCAGGAGGGCGAAGGCAGCCUGGACCAGCCUGCAGCUGGCAAGGAUCUGAACCUUCUGUGUUGUGACAUUGACCCGCUGCUGAUUGAGAGGGCUCAGCAGUUCAGCCCCUUUCCUGCCUCCAUAUCCUUUGCCAACCUGGACAUCAUGGACUCGGCUGCCAGGGAGCCGUUCCUCAGCUCCUACCUGGGCCGAUUCGGCCGCUCUGCCUUUGACAUUGGUUUUUGCAUGUCUGUGACCAUGUGGAUCCACCUGAACCACGGGGACAGCGGCCUGAGGGAGCUCCUGUCCCUCCUCUCCUCGCUGUGCACGUACCUGCUGAUCGAACCCCAGCCGUGGAAGUGCUACCGGGCGGCCGCGCGCCGCCUGCGCAAGCUGGGCAGGAGCGACUUUGAUCACUUCCGAUCUCUGGCCAUCAACGGGGACAUGGCCGAGAGGAUCACGCAGAUCCUGACGCGGGACUGUGCCAUGGAGCUGGUGUGUUGCUUUGGGAGCACCAGCUGGGACAGAAGCCUCUUGCUUUUUAAAUCAAAUGGCUCAGAUCGCGAGGGCAGGGAGUCUUCAGAACAGGAGCAGUGACUGAGAAAUGGCCUCUCGCAUUCAGGAAUUCGUGGGCAAGGUGGUGCUUGCUGUUUACAGAUGCGGAUCUAGGAAUUCCUAAAUCUCCUUUGGGACCGCAUCUUGAUCUCCCUGGGGAUUUUGAGGCAACAUCUGUGUGAAUUCUUUUCUUUCCAUCUGCAGAAUGCAGUGGCAGCUUUAACCUACCUUGUGGGUUCUGAGAUUGAUUUCAAGAGCACUUUCUAGGAACAGCAAAGUUUUGCUAUGUACUUUAUGUGUACCGAGGAUAUUCCCUGGAAGAAGACAGCAUGCCUUUGCUGUCCCUGGGGCUCUCCAAGCAAAGGGGACUGUCCUGAUCUGUGCGAUGCGCUGUUUGUUCUGCUUCUUGUCGUGUUUUCUCUAUAAAGCACUCUUGCAAACGUACAGCCUGGCUGACCACCAAGCGAGCUGGGUCCGCGCGGGGGCGUGCAGCCGAGCCGUUGUGCGGGCGGGUCAGGCUGCGACGGGCGCAGGGGGCUUUGCCCGCAGCGCGGUUUGGGGGCUGGCAGUGCUGGGGUCUGGGGAGUGUCCAACAGAGCGCGUGCUCUUUGUCAUAAGAUCCUUGAAAUAAAAAUAACUUGAUUUCGUUGUAAA